UGACACGCCCACUAGGCGUCUUUUCACACAUUUCCGCAAAGUUUCCAAUCUGCUGCUGCUGCUUCCUCCCAUUGAACCGGGACUUCUGUAAGUGUUAGGACGUAGAAAACUUUAUUAUAACAAUGAGUGAUAUUAAACCAAACGACUCAGCUCCAGCUGAAGACGAGAAAGACUGGGCUGCAGCCAAAGCUUUCUUUGAAAACCUCAAAACAAACAAACCCAGACCUCCCAAACCCCAGUAUGCGGUCACCGUGGCCGUGUCGUCUCGGACCCUCUUCAACAUGGUGGCAGAGAGGAAGAUCUAUGAGGAGGAGGGACUAGAGAAGUACGUGGCUUAUCAGGUGGAGCACGAAAACGAGCCUCUGAUGCCCGGAGCUUCUUUCCCCUUCGUCAAGGCGUUGAUGACUGUCAACGCUCGACUGAGGGAGCUCUACCCGGACAGCGAGGAGCUGUUUGACAUCGUCUUAAUGACUAACAACCAUGCCCAAGUGGGAGUGCGCCUCAUAAACAGCAUUAAUCACUACGAUUUGACCAUAGAGAGAUUCUGUAUGACCGGAGGGAAAAGUCCCAUAGGCUACCUGAAGGCCUACAUGACCAACCUGUACCUCUCCAAGAAUGCAGAGAAAGUCACAGAGGCCAUAGAGGAAGGCAUCGCUGCAGCCACAGUGUUUUGCGCAGAGAAGGAGACCGACUUGAGCGACACUGAGCUGAGAGUGGCAUUUGAUGGCGAUGCUGUCCUCUUCUCUGACGAGUCGGAGAUCAUCGUAAAGCAACACGGCCUGGACACUUUCUUUGAGCACGAGAAGGAGUUUGAGAACAAACCUCUCGCUCAGGGUCCCUUAAAGUGUUUCCUGGAGGCUCUGGGGAAGCUCCAGAGAAAAUUCUACGCCAAGAACCAGCGCAUAAACUGUCCCAUCCGAACCUUCCUGGUGACGGCCCGCAGCGCCGCCAGCUCCGGGGCUCGCGUCCUGAAGACUCUCCGCACCUGGGGCCUGGAGAUCGAUGAGGCGCUCUUCCUGGCCGGCGCUCCCAAAGGGCCGCUGCUGCAGAAAAUAAAGCCGCACAUCUACUUCGACGACCAGAUGUUCCACAUCGAGGGGGCCAAAGAAAUGGGAACCGUAUCUGCUCACGUCCCCUACGGGAUCGGACAGAAGUACCACAAGGGGAAACUCAUCGAGCAGCCCGAGAAAAAGUAACAACCUUAAACUGGUUAAAAUGUGAAACAUACACUACGUUGUCCCCUGCAUAGGAAGAGAUUUCUCAUGAAUGCAAUAUUUUAUUUUGGAGCAAAAUGAUCUGUUAAAAGAAUAACAGCAAAUUUAGAGGACUUAAGUAAAUAAUUGGUAAUGCCGUCUACAAAACGUCCUACUUUUUGGGGUUUUAUAAAAUAUUUCUACGGUUUCCAUUAGGAUGGGGUGUUAUUGAUGAGUGGGGGAAACAAGAGUUACACUAGGUGCCACACACCGUUUCACUUAAUAAUGUUCUGGAAGAGAAACACCUGGUUCAUUAAUCUAUCGGGGCCUUUUAACCGUACUAUCUAUGCACCUGUUUACCUUUUGAGAGGGCUAUUUUUUCUCAUUUGCAUUUGGGUUUAUGUCAUUUUCUUUACACUUUUAUACAUCACCUGUUUAUUUUAUUUAUCUUAGAUAGGGAACAGGAAUCACGGAGCAUUCUGGGGCACUUUGCCAUUUUUGGAGGGAAGCGUACAGAGCUGCGGUAGCUGUUCGAUUUGUCCCGUUUACAAACGGGUGUGUGUAUGACAUUAAGAUCUACAAGCCAAAUGCCAACUACACAACCAUCUGGACAAAGAUAAGUUAAUGUUAUGCUAACUGAAUACUAACAAAACGUCGGCUAAUACUGCAUAUUUAAUCUACCGGUAUCUUGCAAAAUGCAACCCGUAACGUUAGCCAACCUUUGUGUCCGACUGUGUUCUGUAUAUACUACAAUUCGGCUUUUGAAUCUUAUUCACAGUGCAGUGUUUCGUUUCAUCUUUUGACACUGUGCAGUAAACAGCCAGCAGAUGGACCUCUUAUGGUACGUGUCCACAGCCUCCGUCCUUUCCACGCUUCCCAUUCAUUGUCUAUGUCAGCAGCCGUGCAUGGUGCGCGCGAUUCGAGAGACGGGGCGUCUCGUUGGCCGCUCCUCAUUUGCAUAAAGUUGAGGUCUAGGCUACUUUAUGCAAAACACGUGCAACCUCUGGAAAUUUUAAACUAAGCUUUGUCGCUCCAAAAUAAAGACAGAUUUACCAACUGCAUGGCUUAUUUUGAAAUGUUUUCAGAAACACAUUUCGGUGAACUAUUUUCGUCGUAUAAGAGAAGAAAGUUUCCUAAAGGAGCCGCCAUGUUGGUUCCGGUUUGAAAGCUGGGAGCAGCAGCCCACGAGGGAAAGCCUUCGUCCAAUCAGGUGCCGAGUAUCUAGUGGCAGCCCAUCAAGCGUCCAAUGCUGGGAAGCGAGGCGUUCCCUCGCGAUAAAAAACGCCCCUGUGGACACGUACCAUCACCCUUUAACCUCCAAAAAUGUCCGACUUGCUGUCGGUGUUGUCACAUUCCCAUUCCCUAUCAGUCCUUGGCAUAUUGACCAGAGUGGGAGAAUGUAUCUGCUGUAGUAGCUGUUUUUUUUUGCAUUGGCUCUUUUAGAGACUUGAAAUUCACCAGCCAGGUAAAAAUGGGCAAUUCCAACUCAAUAUUCCCAACAUUUUGCUGUCUGGUAUAAAUUUAACACAUUUAAUGGAACAUAUUAAAAUCAGCUAUUAGUUUUAAAGGGACAUUUAUAAGGAUUGAAUGUCUGUGGCUUAUAGGAAACACUGAUGCUGUUUUACUUUGUUAGUCUUUGUUGUUGAUGCGCACAAACGUCAUAAAACUUUUUAUAUUUUUCUUCAAACUUUUAUACUCAUGACUUGUUUAUGCUUUUACACUGUAUCCGGAUAUCAGGUAGCACACUGUAACCACACCUUUCUGUCACAUUAUAGUGUUUUUACAUAGGAAUGAAUACCUAUAAUGCGUAUGUUUGCAGAUUGCAUUUUAUGUAUUUCAUAUUGCAAAAUUAUGUUUAAGUUACACUUGUUUGUAAAUUUUCAUAUCAUAUCUGGUAACAUAUCCUCAGUGCCAGAUCAUGUGAUGUUUUGCAUUGAUUGUACUCAUGUUCACAAUAACAUGUUUGCACCAUUUUUCACUUUUCUAUACUCUGAUUUAUAUCUAAUAUCUUUAAGUGUUGAGUGCAAAGGAAUAAAGGAGCGUGGAGGAACCACAGUG